UUGCGUGAUGUGUGUGUGUUUGUGUUUUCGUGCGUGUAUGUGUGUGUGUCUGUGUGUAACAGACAGACAAGCAGUUAGAGAGAGAGACAGAGACAGAGAGUGAGAGAGAGACAGAGAGAGAGUGAGAGUGAGAGAGAGAGAGAGACCAUCAACGUCCACAAUUAAAACGAAAGACAAAACCUUGGACGCCUGCUGAUCGAUGAACCGGAAGUCGCUUUCAGAACACUCCACUAAAUUCUACAAAGUCUUAGCAUAAAAAGGAAAAAAAAAGGUAAAGGAGACACGAAGAAGAAAAGGAGAGAGACAAGAAGACACGAGAGAGAGGGAAAAUAGCAGACACGGCAAAGAAAUAAAAGAGAGAAAAAAAAACAGAGACCAGAAGAAUAAUAGGAACACAGACACAAUACACGAGCGAGAAAAGAGACCGACACGCCAAGAUGGAAGUGGCGCACCUCCAGUUCCUGUUCAUGGGCUGCAUCUUCCUGGUGACCACGGCGGUGGGCCUUGCCCCGGCCGUCCUCAAGGGCACGCUCUCCAAACGGCUCAAGGACCACGCGCUCCUGACGCAGCGCCUCCUCUCCUGCGCGUCCUGCUUCGGCGCCGGCGUGUUCCUCUUCGUCUGCUUCAUGGGGCUCCUUCCCGCCGCCGACAAGAAGUUCCACCAUUUCUUGGAGGAGCUGGGCCACACGCACGAAUGGGAAACCUUCGCCGAAUUCCCUUGGGGCUUCUUCGUCGUCAUCUGCGGUUUCCUCGUCAUCUUCACCAUCGACAAGCUGGUCCACGCCAUGGAACACGCGAAGCAGGCGUCAGGAGGCACCAGCGCUCACAUCCUCCUUCAGAAGCCUUCGUCAGAGGACUUUUCCUCCCACUGCGAGGACCCCGAGACCACUGACUCCUCCUCCGAUUGCCACAACUGCCACGAACUGGAAGGCGGCCACGAUGUCCCCUCCUCCGUGAUCUUCCUGGUCGCCCUCGGGAUACACUCCGUCUUUGAGGGAAUCGCCGUCGGCCUCCAGACGGAGAAAGACAAAGUCCUCGAGUUUUCUGUUGCCGUUUUGGUCCAUGAGACUGUCAUGGCGUUCACCUUUGGCAUGGAGGUGAGCAAGAGCCAGGUGCUGAGCAGGUGGAGCAAAGCCUUCUACGUCUUGGUCUUCACGUCGACGAUCCCAGUGGGCAUAGCCGCGGGGGUAGGCCUGCAGAACGCGCCCUCGGAGAACAGGGAGAUCGUAUCCGCUGUCCUGGAGGCCUUUGCGACAGGGAUCUUCAUCCACGUGAUCUUCGUGGAGAUUCUGGCCAAGGAGUUCCCGAGCCACCGCCACGCCCACCACCACCCUCAGGAGAAGAGCGUGGACGACGACUCCAUGGUCGUGUCUUCGAGUCCUUCAGAAAUGUGCCUGAUGCUGGAGAAAAUCGCGUCCAUUUGCUGCGGAAUGAUGACGCUCAUCUUGUUGAACGUCUUCAUGCACGGUCAUCAUCACUAGCGCUGGCUGCUGCGGGUGAACAUAAAGGUGAACGUGACGGGAAAGUGUUCAUGGAGGGGAACGUGAAGGCGACGUACAUCCUGGGGGUGAAAGGAAAGGUGAAAAUGAAAGUGAACGUGAUGAAGGACGUUUAAAGUGGAGGUGAAGAAAAUUGGAAAAAGUGAAGGUGAGGAGGUGAGUGAAGCUCAAAGGUGAAAGUGAAGCUGAAGGUGAACUUGCGACGCCCCUGCCCAGCCUUUCGUUUUGGUUCCGUGAAAAUUACAUUUUUCCUGACGGUGCGGUUUUGAUGUUAUAGCAGUAUAUGAAUGUCAAAAACGAUCAAAGAGAAAGAAUUAGGAGAUUUGGGAAGAAGACACGCCUCGGGAUAAUCCCUGACGUCAACGGGGUUUUUGGAACCCCGGCUUAAGGCUUGCGGAGCCUUGAUUUUGGGCUUGGGAAACCGCGAUCGAAGGCUGCUGGGGCUCAUGUAACUCCGGCUUCAGGCUGAUGAAACCCCGGCUUAAGACUAGUAGAACCACGUUUGUGCCAAGUGGAACCUCGCUUUUAGGAUAGUGGAACCCUGCUUAUGGCUAGUGGAACUUCGGUUUCAGACUAGUGACGCCUAGGUUUCAGGCAACUGAAAGCCUAGCUUGAGGCUAGCAGAACCUCGGCCUCAGUCUGGCUUAGGCUUAGUUGAACCACUUGAAGAGAAAAGAGGAACAGUUUUAAUAGCUGUUCCUUUCCUUGUUGUGUAGGCCUAGAUUGUGGAUAUUUGGAGAUCGAAUUGUUACUUUUAAAACCUUUUUCAGAGCCGAGUGGUUGUGUACAUGUGCCAGUUUCAUGAGAUUUCUUUUACCGUUAAAUGCAAAUUUAGCAUUAAAAGGCAGUUCUAGAUAUGGGCUGCUAAAACAUGGCAAUAAUGCAUAUCGACUAAAAAUAAAAACAAAAAAGUAAAUAAAAAAGAUCUGUGUAUCCGUAUUAUUAGUAUCGUUUCAGAAUUCGUAAAUAGGUUAACCACAUACUAUGUAACAGAUUGCUCAAUAUUUUACUUUUUUUUCUUUUUUUUUCUUUUUUUUUGCUGCUCGAUUUACGCUAACACGACAUACAUUCCAUAAUUUACCGGAUGAUUGCUAAGUUCACUGCAACUUAAGGUCGAUUCACACUAAAGUUUUGUCACUUUUUUUAUUCAUUUUUUUUUUACUUGGUAAGUGUAUUUGUGUACAUUUCAGUGAUAGGGAAAUUAGGUAAACUUUAUUUGCUGUUGGUUUUAUCCCUAAAAUACUCAUCAAAUGUAAUUUGCAUUACAGUGAAAACGCAUUAUGUAAACGUUAUUUUGUAUCUAUUUUCCCCCCAAGUAAACAAUUCUUUAUUUU